AUGGAAAAAAGUAUGAGCAACCCAAUAAGCCCUAGACCUCCAAACAGAGGUAAUCUUAUAACAAUUCUAAGUAUUGAUGGAGGAGGCGUUAGAGGAACAAUCCCAGCAGUCAUACUUGAUUUUCUUGAAAAACAACUCCAGAGAUUAGAUGGUGAGGAAGCAAGGUUGGCUGAUUAUUUUGAUGUCAUUUCCGGGACGAGUACCGGGGGCCUUAUUACCGCCAUGUUGACCGCCCCAAAUGAACGGAAUCGGCCUCUAUAUGCCGCCAAAGAGAUCGUUCCUUUCUACCUUGAACAUAGUCCAAAGAUCUUUCCUCAACCAAGGGGCAUAUUCGGAUCCAUGGGGACAUUAGUGAAGGUGCUAAACGGGCCAAAGUAUGAUGGGAAAUACUUACACCAGUUAGUGAAGGGAAUAUUAGGGCAAACAAGGCUACAUCAAGCCUUGACUAAUGUGGUUAUUCCCACUUUUGAUAUUAAAAAUCUUCAGCCUGUUCUCUUUUCGUCUUUUAUGGUGCCAGUUGAACCAGUAUUGAACGCUUUGAUGUCGGACAUUUGCAUAGGCACGUCUGCUGCUCCAACAAUACUACCUGCGCAUUAUUUUGAAAACAAAGACGAAAAGGGCAAUCUCAAAGAAUUCAACCUCAUUGAUGGGGGCGUUGCCGCCAAUAGCCCUACUUUAGUAGCAAUAACUGAAGUGACGAAACAAUUAGUAAGAAAGAACCCAGAUUUUUUCCCAAUAAAGGCGACGGAUGGUGAAAGGUUGUUGGUAAUAUCGUUAGGGACCGGAUCGGAUAAGAUAAAUCACAAAUACAAUGCAAAGACAGCAGCAAAUUGGGGUCUUAUUUCAUGGUUAUUUCACGAUGGAUCAAUUCCUAUUCUUGAUGCUUAUAAUCAAUCUAAGGCUGAUAUGGUUGAUUUUCAUAAUGCUGUGGCCUUUGAAGCUUUUAAUUCCCUUGAUAAUUACCUUCGUAUCCAAGAUGACACACUAACAGGAACAGCUACAUCAUCAGAUGCUGCAACAAAGGAGAAUUUAGAAAAUCUUGUCAACAUUGGAAAGGCACUCCUAAAAAAACCUGUUUCAAGGGUUAAUUUUGAUACAGGCAUUUAUCAACCUAUCCCCAAUGCUGGUACAAAUGAGGAUGCCUUGAUAAGCUUUGCCAAAACACUUUCUGAUGAAAAGAGAAGGCGUGAACGAACUGAGUGA